GGACCGGAUAACAACAACACGGUUACGGAUUCGACCAAAUCGGUAGCUCCCAAGCAACAUAAAACCGAAACAUUGGAGCUCUUUGGACCGUUAUGUGUGUUAUAGACAUCAGUGUUUUAAACACGCUGUCUGCGUAUAAAGUUAUUCCAUUUCACACUGACGCUGUUAGUCAGCUAGCUGGUUAAAAUAGCCGAGCACUAGGCUAGUCGAUCAUGCGAAUGAGCUAACAUCUCAGGACAUGAACUCACUAAAUUACUCCCACCCUGCUAAAGAAGAAGCUCGUGGCCUGAACGUUGUCGUGGCAGAGGAAGAGGAGGAAAAAGAAGCGUUCAGAAUGAAAGAAGAGAAGAAGGCGAUCACAUUGAAAGAAGAAGAAGAAGAAGAGACACCAGACUCUCAGUCUGACGGCAGGAAGAGUCCUUUGGGGGAACCAGACCCAGAGACGCCCAAACCAGCAAGACCACACCACUGCUCCCAGUGUGGAAAGAGUUUUUCCCGGUUAUGGGACCGGAAAAUACACGAGAGAAUACACUCUGGAGUGAAGCCUUACCACUGCUCAGACUGUGGAAAGAGAUUUACCCAGCUAGGGCACCUGAAAGAACAUAAGAGAACACACACUGGUGAGAAGCCCUACCAAUGCUCUCUGUGUGGAAAGAGUUUUAACCAGUUAGGGGCCCUGAAAACGCAUGAGAGAAUACACACAGGAGAAAAGCCCUACCAAUGCUCCCAAUGUGAAAAGAGAUUUACCCAGUUAGGUACCCUGAAAGAGCAUGAAUUAAAACACACAAAGACACAGGAGAAGACAUACCACUGCUCUCAUUGUGGGAAGACAUUUUCCAGGUCAGAGGACCUGAAAUCACAUGAGAGAAUAGCGAGGCUGUGUUCCGACUUAUGUUUUCUAGCUAACGUUACCUCGCUAACAUCCUCGACCAUGAGCUCACCAAGCUACACCCCACCUGCUAAAGAAGAGGAGGUCUGCUGGACGGAGAAAGAAGCCCCCGUGAAAGAGGAGGAGGAAGAGGAGGCUGUCACAGUUAAACAAGAAGUAGAGGGUAAGGCUGUUACAGUUAAACAAGAAGUAGAGGGUGAAGCUGUUGGAGUGAAAGAAGAGGAAGAAGAGGAGGUGGAUGUUACUGUGGAGGAAGAGAAACAAGAUGCUUUGGGAGUGAAAGAGGAGGAAUUGACUGUCACAGUGAAAGAAGAAGAUAUUUUCAGAGUGAAAGAGGAGGAGGAUGCCGUCUUUGGAGUGAAGGAGGAGGGGGAGAUUACUGUCACAUGGGAGGAGGAGGAGGAAGAGAUUGGAGAUAUAAUUAACACCACAGGAGAAAGACCAGACACUCACUCUGACAGCAGGAACAGUCCUUCAGGGGAACCAGACCCAGAGACGCCCAAACCAGCAAGACCACACCACUGCUCCCACUGUGGAAAGAGUUUUACUAAGUUACGGAAUCUAAAAGAGCAUGAGAGAACACACACAGGAGAAAAGCCUUUCCAAUGUUCCCAGUGUGGAAAGAGUUUUACCGUGUUAACUAACCUGAAAAGGCAUGAGAGAAUACACACUGGAGAAAAGCCUUACCAAUGUUCCCAAUGUGAAAAGAGUUUUGCCGUGUUAGUUAACCUGAAAAGACAUGAGAGAAUACACACAGGAGAAAAGCCUUAUCAAUGUUCUCUGUGUGGCAAGAGUUUUACCCAGUUAAGGUCCCUGAAAAGGCAUGAGAGAGUACACUCUGGAGAGAAGCCUUAUCAAUGUUCCCAUUGUGGAAGGAGUUUUAGGUCGUCUGCAAACAUGAAGGAGCAUGAGAGGACACACACAGGAGAAAGGCCUUUCCAAUGUUCCCAUUGUGGAAAGAGUUUUACCCAUCUAGUGAGCCUGAAAAGACAUGAGAGAAUGCACACAGGAGAAAUGCCCUACCAAUGCUCCCAUUGUGGAAAGAGUUUUUCCCAAUCAGCAAAACUGAAAAGACAUAAGAGAAUGCACACUGGAGAGAAGCCUUUCAAAUGCUCCCAUUGUGGAAAGAGUUUUACCCAAUCAGGGGGCCUGAAAAAACAUGAGAUAAAGAAGAAGCUAUGUUCUUUAUGUUCUUGACUGAGAAUGUGUUUUUGUUAAUGACAACUUCAAUAAAACCUAAUAAAAAUAUAUUUUUUAAA